AUGGCUUUGGUCGCAGUGGCUUUUUGCUUCCUGGCCUAUUCAUCUUGUAUAAGCAUACUGUUACCUGAAGGUAGCAUAUUUACUGACUACAUUACGGCGCAGUCAUUCCGAACCAGCCACUACUUCGUCUGUUUGCUAUCUGAAGAUGUUUACACAAACUUUCUUUCAUUGGGAAAUGCCAUCUCAAUUCUAGUCUCCUUUGUUGUCAGUUCACUUUUGCAUCUCUCCGGAAUCGAAUCUCCCGACGAUUUUCCAUGUGUGUACGAGCCCGACCGUGCAGAAGCUGCAAUCAUGAAAGGAAAUCGGGCAAUGGCGGACUCCCAUGAGUCGUUAAUGGAAAUCGAGUCGGCGCUCAAUCAUCUGUCAGACGAGUUGGACAAGUUUGAUGCGACAUGGGAGACGAAUAUGGCGAAGGUCCUGUCAAGUGCUGAUCUGUACGAUCGUGAGUUGCUGUCCGACGAUGCCGAGCCGGAAAUGUCAGUAACUGCGCAGAUGUUGCUGGAGGAGUUGGCUGCCCGUGGUGAGGAGACCUUCACGCAGAUGAUAGCGCAUCACAAAUCUCUUCAUCAUCCGGUAUCACAAAUUGGUAAGGACAUCGAUAAGUCGACGCACAAAGAGAUCGGCGGCUUAAUUCGUAACGAAAAGGAUAUCGAACGGGAUCCGAAAGCUGAGCGGCUUGUCAACGGAAUGAUUUGCGAUUACCUGAUGACUUGUGGACAUACGAAUAUUGCGGAGACGCUUGUGAAGGAGACAGGCCUUGGUGGACGGAUUGAUGGUUAUCUCGCUAACAGAAAGAUUAUUGAUUGGAUAAUGGAAGCACUCAAAAAUCAGGACAUCGAACCAGCGCUCUCAUGGUUACAACAGAAUCCACAUAGCGAUACAAAGCUGCAGUAUGACCUUUUAAAGCAGCACAUGAUAACGCUAAUCCAGGAUGGCAAGAGGAUAGAGGCGUUGCGGUUUGGCCGUCAGUUAUCUGCCUUUGGAUACGAGAACGAAACGGCCCAGGUGAUGGGCGCAGUAGCGAUGGGCAAGGAUCGAAAUGAUCCGCGAUAUGAAGCGCUGUUCAGCCCGUUGGCAUGGCCGGUGCUCGAGUCGCGGAUGUCAGUAGCAUUAGCUCAAAGCGAUACCCGAUUUCUCAAUGUCAUAUUAACUGGAAUGCGAGCAGUACCAAUUCUUGUGAAUCUGAAGCAGGUGAUGGUGAGUCGUCAAGAUCAUCUGUUCAGUGGGGAAGAACUGCCAGUUGAAGUGAAGAUUGAUGAGUACGUCCACUCGACGUUCACUUGUCCAAUUUUGCGCCAGCAAAGUACAGAUAGUAAUCCACCGAUGCGACUUACUUGUGGUCAUGUUAUAUCGAGGGAAGCC